UGCGCUUUCACGCUUUCACCCAAGGGGACUGAGCGACGGGAGCGGCGAGGGCAGCUGACUGCACAGAGGCUGUCUGCAUUACAAUUGCAUUACGCGCAGCGGGAAGCGUCCCCAGCCUCGACCGGCCGCAUUAGCAACCAGCAUAUCCAGCGCGGAUCUGCACGUGCGAGCGUCCUCGGGAUGCGCAGGAAGGCGGGAGACUGGUCCAGUGGGUGCUCCGUACAUCUGGUCACGUUUGCGUCUGCGGCCUUUGUCGCGGCGCCUCGCAUCCGCCGCCGCUCGCGAACGCAACCACCCGUCAUUCGCCCACCCGAAGAUCCUCGCGACGAGCAGUCUGACCAACACCCCUUAACCGUUCAUAACCACCCACCUCGCUUCCCAUGAGCUCCAAUCCCGCUCUCGAGCCCAAGGCCGUCUCUGCGCCGGGGAAGGUUUUCGUCGCCGGCGGCUACCUGGUGCUCGACCGAAAAUACACCGCGCUCGUGUUCGGCCUCGACGCUCGGAUACAUGUCGAGAUUGAGCCGAUCCGGACCAAGAGCGGCGUCACCCUCAGCGAGAUUAUUGUGAGGAGCCCGCAGUUUAGAGAAGCGGCGUGGGAGUAUGGGUAUCGGUUGACCGAGGCCGGUGGCGGCAUUGCUGUCACGCAAUUGAGGGCCUCCCACGAUGACAAGCUCAACAAGAACCCCUUCGUCGAGACGGCGCUCACAUACGCUCUAACCUACGUUUCCACGCUCCUUCCCGGAAUGCCCAUCUCCCCAAGCUCGAUAUCCAUCCUCGCGGACCAAGCCUACUACUCCAACCCUGGGACCGCGCCGUCUCCAACCUCGCGCUUCCUCAACUUCAACGUGACGAUAUCCGAAGCCCACAAGACUGGCUUGGGCAGCUCAGCAGCACUGGUCACCUCCUUUACCGCCGCCCUGCUCAGCUACUAUCUCCCCCAGACGCACUUCGACCUCGCCUCAGAAGCCAGCCUCCGCAUCCUGCACAACCUGUCCCAAGCCUCGCACUGCGCUGCCCAGGGAAAAGUAGGCUCUGGCUUCGACAUCGCCAGCGCAGUCUACGGCUCCUGUCUCUACCGCCGCUUCUCACCCUCCGUUCUCUCCUCUCUCCCCGAGCCAGGGAACCCCGACUUCUCCAAAAAGCUGCGCGCUCUCGUCGAGGGCUCAGACUGGGACACUGAGAUCCGCAAAGCCGCCGUAAAAAUGCCAACGGGCCUGCGCCUCGUAAUGUGCGACGUCGACUGCGGCAGCCAGACGCCCGGCAUGGUGAAGAAGGUGCUGAAGUGGCGGGCCGAGAACGGGGAGGAGGCGGAGAGGAUUUGGGGCCAGCUGCAGAAGGGGAAUGAGGCGCUUGCCACUGAGCUCACGCGGCUUGCGACCGCAGACGCAGAGAAUGGAGAGGGGAGCGAGAAGUGUGCGAAGCUGCGGCAGAUUAUUGGCGAGAAUAGGACGCUCAUCAGGCAGAUGAGCGUUGCGUCGCGCGUGCCCAUCGAGCCGCCACAGCAGACAGCGCUGCUGGACGCAUGCUCGAGCGUGCCAGGGGUGAUUGGCGGCGUGGUGCCUGGAGCCGGCGGGUACGAUGCCAUCGUGCUUCUGCUCGAGGACAAGGUGGAGGUUCUUUUCGAGCUGGAGGAGCUGCUGGCAGGAUGGAAGGUCGAGGGCGAGGACGAGGGCGAAGAAGGCGUGAAGAUUGGCAAGGUGGGGAUCAUUGGCGUGCGGGAGGAGAUGGUGGGCGUGAAGCAAGAGGAUCCGGCCAUCUACAAGGAAUGGAUAAAAACUUGA